UCUGUCUGAUUUAUUUAAAGAGAAUUUGGCAGAAUCUUUGAUCACGCUGUCGAGUGAGCAGCCAGUGAUUCUGAUGGUGCACUCCGUCCGCAGACGUCUGCUUUCCUUGACGUCAGGAGAGGUUUGAGCGCACCCAGCGCUGCGCACCAGCACAGCAACCACAUCUCUCCCAGAGGAAAGCGAGGCAGAGCGCAGCUCCACACCGUCCUUUAGCUCUAUUCCAUCCACAUUCCAGGAUGCCUCUUGGAGAUAAUGGAAAUGGAUGGAAAAAGAAGACAUCAGAAAUCAAAGAUCAUUAUGACUUUAAAGAAGUUCUGGGAACGGGGGCUUUUUCCGAGGUGGUUCUAGCAGAGGAGAAGAGGACUCAGAGGCUAGUAGCCAUCAAGUGCAUCCCCAAGAAGGCUCUGGAGGGAAAAGAGAACAACAUUGAAAACGAGAUUGCAGUGCUGCACAGAAUCAAGCACGCCAACAUCGUUUCUCUGGAGGACAUUUUUGAAAGCACAUCCCACCUAUACCUCGUCAUGCAACUGGUAUCUGGUGGAGAGCUCUUCGACAGGAUUGUGGAAAAAGGUUUCUACACGGAGAGAGAUGCCAGCCAGCUCAUCCACCAGAUCCUGGAUGCUGUCAAAUACCUCCAUGAUAUGGGGAUCGUCCACAGGGACUUGAAGCCCGAGAAUCUGCUGUAUUACAGUAUGGAUGAGGACUCCAAGAUAAUGAUCAGUGACUUUGGGCUUUCAAAGAUUGAGGGAGCGGGCAGUGUCAUGUCCACCGCCUGCGGCACUCCUGGUUAUGUAGCUCCGGAGGUGCUCGCUCAGAAGCCGUACAGUAAAGCUGUGGAUUGUUGGUCUAUAGGAGUUAUUUCUUACAUUUUACUGUGUGGAUAUCCUCCUUUUUAUGACGAGCAUGACGCCAAAUUGUUUGAGCAGAUUUUGAAAGCUGAAUAUGAAUUUGACUCUCCGUACUGGGAUGACAUCUCAGAUUCAGCCAAAGACUUUAUCUGCCACAUGAUGGAAAAAGACCCAUUGAAAAGAUACACGUGUGAGCAGGCUCUCCAACAUCCAUGGAUUUGUGGCGAUACGGCUUUGGACAAGAAUAUCCACGAAUCUGUCAGUGCACAAAUCAAGAAGAAUUUUGCCAAAAGUAAAUGGAAGCAAGCGUUUAAUGCCACAGCAGUGGUGCGCCACAUGCGGAGGUUGCAGCUGGGCACCAGUCUCGAGGGACCCAGUCAGAUUACUCCCACCAGCCCCUGCCAUGGACAUCUGCUCCCAGAGGAGGAAGUGGAGGAAGAGGAGGAGGAACUUGGAAACGAGGAGGAGGAAAGCUUAUCCCACUAUGACGACGGUCGUCGAGGAAGCACCGAGGGCAGCGCCGACCGCGACAGCCUGCGGAGCUGCACGUACUGCUGCAGACCCACCAGCCGCAUCUGAACAUAGCCUCCUGUCGUCACGGUGACGCUGUAUCCCUGGAUCGCCCAGAUCCCGUCCUCCCAGUCUGGCCAGGAACUCAGAGUAGAUAAGCAGCGUCAUAACAGAGUACAUCCGCAUCCUGCAGGGUCCUUCUACAACCAGAACAAAACAGAGAAAACAGCACAGCUGAGUCACGGCUUUCCUCUCGUUUGCAUGUUAGGUUGUUUCAAGCAGGAGAGUGGUCAUUUGAAAGUGUGUUUAUCCCCUCUACAACACGGAGCUGAUCUUUGUUCAGAUUAUUGCCGUUUGGGUGCAGUCAAGGAUCGAAGAUGCUGGAGUUUCAACUUUCAAUAUAGUUUUUUUUCCUCCCUUCUUUCGUUAUAUGUCACAUCUACCUCUGAACACAGUAACCGCGUCUGCAUCCAGCCUGCCCACUCACAAUGCUUUACUGGCAGCAUUCUCCAAUGAUUUAGUCAGACAGAGCCCACAGAAAACAUGUCACUGUCCUCAUCAUCUCUCGCUCAACGAGAGCUUUUAACCAGCCAUUAUAUCUGUUUAGCCAUUUUUUAAAAAUACAUUUUCCUUCUUUACUCUUUUAGAAGUGAGGUUGUUUGAAAGUAGAGGGUGAUUCUGGGGUUUAUGAACUCUAAAUUCUGGCUCAGACUGGACAUGUUAGAGGGUUUUUGCAUGCCUCUUCCUGGGGAAAACACUGAAAAGUAUCUAAAAAAAGAACACUUUUUUAAAAAUUUGUUUGUUUGUUUUCUGGCUGUUCUGUUAUCAGAGGCUCAGACUGGGAUCCCCAUAAGUCUGCAUAUCCCGUCGUGUCAGGAAAACUCUUUCUAAAACCCAAUUCAAGUAAAAAAAAAGGAGAAUUUUGGGGGAAGGAAGCAAUCGUGGUAUCAUCAUCCUUCUGUUCUGCUGUUGACGAAAUCUCCACCAGCUGUCAGUCUGGGGAUCUGGCUCCGGUCCGGAUGAGUCGGAGGGAUCUCAGUCUGGGUGCUCCGCCUGCCGUGUGCUGUGCACCUCUAGUGGAAGAAGUUUUGAUCUACUGUUUGCAUGAUCUGGUUAAAUAUGUUUACAUGAAUGAUUAUCAAUUAAUAUAAACACACAUGAAUAUGCUGUCGUAUUGAAUAAUGAUGUAAUUCUGUAAUUUUGAGCUAUAUAAUGUGAAGUAAGUAACACCAGAAGUAAUGUGGGCAAAAUACAACACAGCACAGUGAACUUACGAUUUGCAUUGACUAUGAUGGUGAAGUCUCUGAGUGAUAUUCCAGCUGUACUUUCGUCAUAUGAUCUCAUUCUUUGCAUUUUUUUUUUUCGGUUUUAUUAACCCUUUAACACCUGAGGUGUCGCCAGUGACGCUUAAACACUAAAUCUUUAACUUCUCUACGGAAGCCAAAAACGGUCCAGCCUGUUUUUUUUUUCUCAUUAUAAUGAGAAAGUAGGUUAUCUCUUUAUAACGAAAAAACAAAGUUCAUUUUCUCAAGAAAAUGAGAUAAUAACUUGUCAUGACGACAUAAAGAAGUUUGUUUUCUCAAGAAAAUGACAUAUUUUGUUAUAGCAACAAAACAAUCUUCAAUUUCUCAAAAAAACAUAACAACAACUCGAUAAUAACAACAAAACAAGAUAACAGUUCAUUAUAAAGAAAAAACUAUGUUUUUUUUCUCGAGAAAACAAGACAACAACUCAUUCUAAUGAGAAAAAGAAGUUAGUCUUCUCGAUAAAACGAGAUAUAAACUCAUUCUAAUUAUAAAACACGAUAGCAACUCGUUGAACGAGAUCACAGCCGUUAUAACGAGAUAUCGAAGUUUGUUUUCUCAAAAAAACGAGAUAACAACUCGUUCCAAUGAGAAAACCAGAUAACAACUCGUUGAACGAGAUGACAAUCAUAAUAACGAGAAAACGUUUGUUUUCUGGAUAAAAACGAGAUAAAUACUCAUUAUAACGAGAAAACAAGAUAAACAACUCGUUCUCAUGAGAAAGCAAAAUAACAGGGCGUUAUGACGAGAAAACGAAAUGCGCUUUCUAGAGAGAGAAUGAGAUAACAAUUCUUAUAACAAAAAUACUGAGUUUGUUUUCUCGAGAAAACGAGAUAACAACUCGUUAUAAUGAGAAAAUUAAGCUUGUUUUCUCGAGAAACAAGAUUAUAACUCGUUAUAACUAGAAAAUGAAGGUCGUUUUCUCAAGAAAAUGAGAUAAAAAAACAGUUAUAACGAGAAAACGAGAUAAACAACUCGUUCUCAUGAGAAAGCAAAAUAACAGCGCGUUAUGACGAGAAAAUGAAAUGCGCUUUCUGGAGAGAGAAUGAGAUAACAAUUCUUAUAACAAAAAUACUGAGUUUGUUUUCUCGAGAAAACGAGAUAACAACUCGUUAUAAUGAGAAAAUUAAGCUUGUUUUCUCGAGAAACAAGAUUAUAACUCGUUAUAACUAGAAAAAGAAGGUUGUUUUCUCAAGAAAAUGAGAUAAAAAAACAGUUAUAACGAGAAAACGAGAUAAACAACUCGUUAUAAUGAGAAAAUGAAGUUCGUUUUCUCAAGAAAACGAGAUAAACAACUUGUUAUAAUGAGAAAAUUAAGUUUUUUUUUCUAGAGAAAAACAAGAUAAACAACUCCAUAUUAUAAGAAAAUGAAGUUUGUUUUCUCAAGAAAACAAGAUAGCAACUCGUUACAGAGAGAAAACAAGAUAAACAAGUCCUUAUAAUGAGAAAAUUAAAGUUUGUUUUAUCGAGAAAACGAGAUAUCAACUUGUUAUAACAAGAAAUCGAGAUAAACAACUCGUUAUAAGGAGAAAAUGAAGUUUGUUUUCUCGAGAAACAAGAUUAUAACUCGUUAUAACUAGAAAAUGAAGGUCGUUUUAUUGAGAAAACGAGAUAACAACCCGUUAUAACGAGAAAACAAGAUAAACAACUCGUUAUAAUGACAAAGCAAAAUAACAUCGCGUUAUAACGAGAAAACAAAGUGCGUUUUCUUGAGAGAACGAGAUUACAAUUGUUAUAACUAGAAAAUGAAGUUCGUUUUCUCAAGAAAACGAGAUAACAACUCGUUAUAAUGAGAAAAUGAAGUUCGUUUUCUUGAGAAAACAAGAUAAACAACUCGUUAUAAUAAGAAAAUGAAGUUUGUUUCCUCGAGAAACAAGAUUAUAACUCGUUAUAACUAGAAAAUGAAGGUCGUUUUCUCAAGAAAAACGAGAUAACAACUCUUUGAACAGAGAAAACAAGAUAAACAACUCGUUAUAAUGAGAAAAUGAAGUUUGUUUUAUCGAGAAAACGAGAUAUCAACUUGUUAUAACAAGAAAUCGAGAUAAACAACUCCUUAUAAUGAGAAAAUGAAGUUUGUUUUCUCGCGAAACAAGAUUAUAACUCGUUAUAACUAGAAAAUAAAGUCUGUUUUCUCAAGAAUUCGAGAAAACAACUCGUUAUAAUGAAAAAAAUGUUUUUCUUUGAGAAAAUUAGAUAAACAUCUCGUUAUAAUGAAAAAAUGAAGUUUUUUUGAGAAAAUGAGAAAUCAACUCGUUACAACGAGAAAAGUAAGUUCGUUCUCUCAAGAAAACGGGAUAAUAAUCAUGUUAUAAAGAAAAAAGAACAACGUUCGUUUUCUCAUUACAACAAGAUAGUGGAUCUUGUUAUUACCACAAAAAGACAGACAUUUCUGCAGACAUCCUGUUAUAACGUCGAUUCUGAAUCUGCUGGAAUUAUCAUGUUAACGGUUGAGAAGUUACAGUAAAUCAAAGAACAUAAACACUGGAGCUCCGGUGUUACAGGGUUAAACCCCGAGAGCAGAGAGCUCCUAUAUUGGUAAGAUAUGUCAAAACAGGGUAACGGGGGUGUCCCUUCAUCUGCCUGAGGACACACUUUACAUUUCCAUCCUCCAGAGCACAACAUCGACUCUGAAAGCCAUAAAGAGAAGUGAAGCUGCUUUACAAUUGAUUCUAACACUUUUAAUAAUAGGUAGUAGAUUAUAUUGUGAAAGAACGUCCUCAACUCCAAGAACAAAUUCUCUUAAUAUGAAAUCUUCUUCUAUUUUAAUGCAGUAUGCCUCCGCAUCUUAUUUUGAAAAGCUUUAAAGUGAAAUGUUAUCCUCAUUUGUCACUGAUGCAUGCAGUACAGUAAAAGAUUUAAAAGACUGUCAUUGUGGAAAAUAUGCAAACUGUGUAUGAAGGGCUUCAGGUUUACUGUAUGAUAGCCACCGGUGACGACUUUGAUGACCUGGCUAUCGAUUAUGUGUUUCGUAACCACCCUCUGUUCAACUUUUUCCUGGUUUCCAUUCGGCUGUGUUUUUUCAGAAUCUGGUUCAGACACAUCUAAAUGCAUAAAGAAACACCUGUAUAUUCUAUAAAUAUAUAUAAAAAUAUAAGUAUAUAUAUUGUAUAUCCUUUUUUUGUAACGGCUGUUUUGAGCUACAAACGUAUGGAUGCAAUGCAUCAUGGGUUAGUGAAAAAAGAUGUAAGAAAAAAAAAAAACAAUUUGUACCCACUGAGACAUGACUGCAGGAAAAGAAAUAAAACUUCCUUGUCUAUGCA